AUGGCUGAAUACUCGUCACAGACCGUGGCACAAUUGAAGGAACUACUCAAGGGGAGGGGUCUUUCCACUGACGGGAAAAAGGCUGAUCUUGUCAAGCGUUUGCAAGACGCUGAUAACGAGACUGAGAAGGCUCAGCCUGUGGAAGCUACCGUUGAAGUGACUGAAACCGAAACGGUUGCUACUGAAAUUCCUACUGAAGAAGCUCCGACUGAACAAGCUCAAUCUACUGAACUCACUGAUGCUACCGCUGAAGUCGCGUCGGAGGACAAGGAAGCUUCCAAGCCUGAGCCUAAAACGUUGACUCCUGAAGAGCGCAAGCUGUUAGCUGUAGACUUGUUGCAAAAGAAGAUUGCUCGAGCCAAGAAGUUUGGUGACGAUGCUGGUGCUGAAGAAGCGCAAAAGAAUCUUGCUCGUAUCGAGAAAUUUGGCGUGGAACCAGGUACCAAAUUGGCCACUGAAAUUGGCCUCAUUGACAGAAAUUUAGGCAGUGAGUUGAACUCGAAGAACUUCCGCAGAGGUAAAAAGAGACACGGCAAGGGUAAAGGUGGCCGUGGUGAUAAAAUUGGGAAAAAGUAA